AUGUCGAGGAAGUUGCUCAAACAGGGUCUUAGUUUGAGGCAGAAUGACAAGGGUAAAAAGAAACCACUUGGCUUCAGGAAAACUGUAAUAAAACCUGAGGAGAGCAUGAUUUUAUCAAAACCUUUUGGUGGAAGACUUCUAGAGUUAUAUCUCUUAUUGUGGAUUAAAAAGAGAAUUAAACUAAGAAUUAAAACCAAUAAAGAACAGUUUGAAGAAAAAGAUAGCAUGGAAGCUACUUUAAGAAAAAGCUACAUUUCUACAAAUUCAGAAAAGCACAUAGAUAGAAGUGAUACACAGGAAGCAAAAUUUCACAUUGAUCCUACAUAUCUUGAAACAGAUUUCAAUAGUCCAUUGGGUGCUUCUGUUAAGCCUCUCCAAGUUGCAGCCAAUAAAAAUAUUCAAGUUAAGAACUGUCCAUGUGGUUAUAAUCAGGAGGAUGGUUUGAUGAUACAUUGUGACAUCUGUAAAUAUUGGCAACAUGCAGUAUGCUUCAAGAUAUUAUCUGAAAAUGAGAUUCCUAAAUUUCAUGUCUGUGAAUCUUGUGCAAAGCCAGGAUUUGAGGGAAAGAAUCCAACAGAUUCAAGUUUGAUGAAAUUAUCUCCAACAAGUUUACAGACUACAUGUAUAUGGCGAAGGGUACUUUUAUUGUGUACUGAAGAAAGUAAGAUAACACUUCAUGGAUUUACAAAGAAAUUAGGGUUGGAAAAUACUGUGGCUCAUGGCUUAUUUCAUAGAUUAGAAAGUGAAGGAUUUAUUAAAAAACCUGCAAAUGGAAAAUUAAAACGAUCAACCAAGAUAAUAGAUCCAAAGAAAUUAGCUGCAGGCUUGCAAAAAUACUUCAGUAAAAGUGCUUUGGAAAAUAUGAAGGAAGACGAAAACUGUUAUAAUAAUAUUGAUACUUUGUCCCAACACACCAAAGAUUUAUCUUUCUCAGAAAAGAGCCCAAAAAUGAAAUCACAAUUUGAGAAGAAAAGUAACCUGUCUACGGCUGAUGAAAUGAAAUUAGAAACUAAGGAAAAGAAUGAUGAUCCAGUACUGAAAUGGAAAAAAGCAAGCUUAGCUGUUAAAUCUAUCAUUGUAUAAUUUGUUGAGCAUUGUAUAUUAUAAUAGUUGUUGUUGCUGUUGUUGUGAAGAAUGAGCUGGAAGAAUUGCUGGAAUGUCAGAAAAAAUGCAUUGCAAGAUCUCUUUUGGUACUUUACAUUAUAAAUUCAUAUCCUACCAAGAUCAGUAUUACCUUUCAGAACUGAUAAAAUAAAGUACCAGAGUUGACAUCAUUGAUUCAAAACUGUUGGCCUUGUACCUAAAUUAGAAAUAAUUAUUAUUGUCAUCAUCAUCAUUAUUUGCAUUUUCUUAUUAUGGAAAUUUCCUCUUCUGUUGCAGAUUUUUAUGUUUACAUUCAUAUUCUCUUUUUGUACCAGUUAUUUGAGUUUUAUAAUCAU